CCUAGCAGCCGCUCCCCGGGCGCCGCAGCCCUUCGGACUCUGAAGCCCAUCCUCGCGCUCCUGCUCCGGCUCCUCCAUCUUGGCCUCGGCAGUGGCGGCUGCCGGGAGGAUGUGCCGCCUUCUGGCCGGGGGAAGAAGGAGGAGAAGAUGAAGAAGUACCAGCGGGCCUUGGCCCUGGUCUCCUGCCUCUCUCUGUGCUCCCUGGUGUGGCUUCCCAGCUGGCGUGUGUGCUGUAAAGAGAGUUCUUCAGCUUCAUCGUAUUACUCUCAAGAUGACAGUUGCACACUAGAAAAUGAAGAUGUACAAUUCCAGAAAAAGGAUGAAGGAGAGGGACCUGCCAGUGCCGAAUUACCUGGAAAAGUGAGUUCAGACUUACCUGUUCCUCCAGAAGAACACACGUUAAAAGAUGACGACGUUGCGGAUGCUCGAAAUACGGGGUCAAAAAAGUUAAGUCCACCUGUGAUUGAGACACUCUCUUCAGUCGACCUACAUGAAGAUUCUUCCCGUGUAGCUGUGGGCAGUGAAAACAAUGAAAAUAUUUCCAGCUCAUCUACCUCAGAGAUCAUUCCAAUCUCAAAACCUGAUGAAAUAGAAAAAUCUGGUACUAUUCCUGUAGCCAAGCCCCGUGACACUGAGCCACCUGAAACUGACUGUGACGUUGGCGAGGCCCUCGAUGCUCGUGCCCCUGCCCACCAGCCUGCCUUCGUCCAUCCGCACGAAAGCAGCCUCGUUGGCCAGCAUAUAGAAAAUGUGUCAUCUUCACAUGGCAAAGGAAAAAUAACAAAAUCAGAAUUUGCACCAAAAGUUUCAGCAGGUGAUCAGGAAGGUGGUGAUCCAAAAUCUGCAUUGAAUGCGUCAGAGAAUUUAAAAAGCGAGAGUUCUGAUUAUACAAAGCCAGAAGAAAUUGACCCUACAUCUGUGACAAGUCCCAAAGACCCAGAGGACAUACCAACAUUUGAUGAAUGGAAGAAGAAAGUUAUGGAAGUAGAAAAAGAAAAAAGUUUGUCUGCAGGUCAGUCCAUGCAUGCAUCUUCUAACGGAGGUCUACAUGCCACAAAAAAGGUCCAGAAAAAUCGAAACAAUUAUGCCUCAGUAGAAUGCGGUGCCAAAAUUCUGGCAGCUAAUCCGGAAGCCAAGAGCACGUCUGCUAUUCUCAUCGAGAAUAUGGAUCUGUAUAUGUUGAAUCCGUGCAGCACUAAGAUUUGGUUUGUUAUUGAACUUUGUGAACCAAUUCAAGUAAAGCAGCUUGAUAUUGCAAAUUAUGAGUUAUUUUCUUCUACUCCUAAAGACUUCCUGGUUUCUAUCAGUGACAGGUAUCCCACAAACAAGUGGGUGAAGCUGGGGACUUUCCACGGUAGAGAUGAGCGGAACGUGCAGAGCUUCCCCUUAGACGAGCAGAUGUAUGCAAAAUACGUGAAGAUGUUCAUCAAGUACAUAAAGGUGGAGCUGUUAUCCCACUUCGGAUCAGAGCACUUCUGUCCAUUGAGCCUUAUAAGGGUGUUCGGCACCAGCAUGGUGGAGGAAUACGAGGAGAUCGCCGAUUCCCAGUAUCAGUCGGAGCGGCAAGAACUAUUUGAUGAGGACUAUGAUUAUCCACUGGAUUAUAAUACUGGGGAGGAUAAAGCCUCAAAAAAUCUCCUUGGUUCUGCUACAAAUGCCAUUCUAAACAUGGUGAACAUUGCCGCUAAUAUUCUGGGAGCAAAAACUGAAGACCUGACGGAAGUAGGAAAUAAAAGUAUAUCUGAGAAUGCCACUGCCACAGCCGCGCCCCAAAUGCCUCAGUCCGCUCCUGUUUCGGCUCCUGCUGCUUCGCCUGAGUUUGUAACCACCGAAGAGCAGGGGCACGCCGCAGAGCCAUCACCCCCGGACACUCCGAAGGAGAGCCCCAUUGUCCAGCUAGUUCAGGAGGACGAGGAGGAGGCAAGUCCAUCCACAGUGACCCUUCUGGGGAGCGGAGAACAGGAGGACGAAUCCUCACCCUGGUUUGAGUCAGAGACACAGAUACUUUGCAGUGAACUGACCACAGUCUGUUGCGUUUCCAGUUUCUCCGAAUACGUAUAUAAAUGGUGUUCAGUUAGAGCUGCUCUUUAUCGGCAGCGCAGCAGGACUGCCGUGGAGAAAGGAACAGACUCCCUUGCGCCAGCUCGCCCGCCACUGCCGCCUCCUGCAGAAUCAGUAGCUGUUGCAGUGUUGCAGCCUCCGGCUGGGGAACUGGACAGUGAGAGGAAGGAAAAGGAGGCUGGAACCGUUGUUCUAGGUGACUUAAGUAGCACGCACCAAGGGGAUUCGAUUAAUCACACUGCAGAUGUAAUCGAACUUGAACCAAGCCAUCCUCAGACUCUUUCUCAGUCUCUUCCCUUAGACGUUACUCCUGAGCUCAGCUCAUUAUCUAAAACAGAAGUGUCUGAGCCCGUUAAACAUGAGGCAGGACAUACGCCGUCACAGGUGCCUGCGCAGGAGAGUUCUGCUGAGGUUGGUAACGAAACAGAGAAGAGGCCUGAGAGUUUUGGUUCUGUGGAGAAGACAGCUGUGAUCUCUGAAACGAAACUUACUGAGGUGACGGAGAGUGCUGUAAAGGAAAGCACGGACUCUGUGGCAGUGACCGCAAAGCUCUCUGAAACAGUAGUGCCACCUGUAAACACAGCUGCUGUGCCAAACAGAGAAGACGGGGAGGCCAGAACGGCCAGGGCUGACGCACCAAAGCCCGCGCUGACCCCUGCCGUGGACCCCGCUUCACUCCCUGAAGUAAAAGAGGAAGAACAGUCUCCAGAAGAGGCCCUUUUAAGAGGGUUGCAGAGGACAGCUACGGAUUUUUAUGCUGAAUUGCAAAAUUCUACAGAUCUAGGAUACGCUAAUGGAAAUCUUGUACACGGAUCAAACCAAAAGGAGUCAGUGUUUAUGAGACUUAAUAAUCGCAUUAAAGCCUUGGAAGUUAACAUGUCUCUCAGCGGCCGCUAUUUGGAGGAGCUUAGCCAAAGGUACCGAAAACAAAUGGAAGAAAUGCAGAAAGCUUUCAACAAAACGAUAAUAAAACUUCAGAAUACUUCAAGAAUAGCAGAGGAGCAGGACCAGCGGCAGACGGAGUCCAUCCAGUUGCUGCAGGCGCAGCUGGCCAACGUGACCCAGCUGGUCUCCAACCUGUCGGCCACGGUCGCGGAGCUGAAGCGGGAGGUCUCAGACCGACAGAGCUAUCUCGUCAUAUCGCUGGUCCUCUGCGUGGUCUUGGGGCUGAUGCUCUGCAUGCAGCGCUGUCGGAACUCCUCACAGUUCGACGGAGACUACAUCUCCAGACUUCCGCAGAGUAGUCUGUAUCCCAGCCCCAAAAGGUGUUUCUCUUCCUAUGAUGAUAUGAAUUUGAAAAGGAGAACUUCAUUCCCACUCAUCAGAUCCAAGUCUCUGCAGUUAACUGGAAAAGAAGUAGACCCGAAUGCUUUGUACAUUGUAGAACCCCUCAAGUUCUCUCCAGAAAAAAAGAAGAAGCGCUGCAAGUACAAAACGGACAAAAUUGAGACCAUAAAGCCGGCAGACCCGUUGCACCCGAUAGCCAAUGGAGACAUAAAAGGAAGGAAGCCCUUUACAAACCAGAGAGACUUCUCCAACGUGGGCGAAGUGUACCACUCUUCCUACAAGGGCCCCCCGUCCGAAGGAAGCUCGGAAACCUCGUCCCAGUCGGAGGAGUCGUACUUCUGCGGCAUCUCGGCGUGCACGAGCCUGUGCAAUGGACAGUCCCAGAAGACAAAGACUGAGAAGAGGGCUUUAAAGCGCAGGCGGUCGAAAGUCCAGGACCAGGGGAAGUUGAUAAAAACCCUGAUACAGACUAAGUCCGGGUCCUUGCCCAGCCUGCAGGACAUCAUCAGGGGGAACAAAGAGCUGGCCGUGGGCACCUUUGGGGUGACCGCCGUCUCGGGGCACAUCUAGAUGCGCGGACUCUUCACACUGGGGACUCUUGUUGUUGUUCUCGGAGGAGCGCUCUGUGGUAUUUGAAGGGUUUGGGGGAGGGAGACAACGUUAACGGGGAAAGUAUUUAGAAGGCAGGGUCUCUGCCUUUUUAUAGUACGUGGGACGGUGCCAUCGGUGCGGGCUGAGGAGCCAAAGCCCUGCCAGGCCGCUGGCUUCCCACAAGGACGAUGGCGGACGUUUUCUAAAGAUGCUUUUUCACAGGCCGAUUGCUGGUCAUUUGGGAGCCCCGUUCCUCGGGUGGGACAGGAGUAGAAGCCCAAACCUCUUCCUGUAGCUUCGGUCCUAUUUCUCGCACCUUCCAUAUUUAUGUGCCUUUUGUCUAUUUAUAAUGCCACUGGAAGAGGAGAGGGGCUUCUUCUGUCACUUGAUUUCUUUUCUAACUCUGUUAGUUUCGGAAGCUGCAAACACUACAAGGCUCUGAGGCGGCCUGCCCCUCGAGCGCAGUCGCGUGGGCCGGACGGCGUAAGGAGGCUGCAGACCUGCCAGCCGGACCCUGCUGGCAAACUCCCCUGAGACCGACGCUGGCUGGAAUUCAUGUCUGUUUUAGGUAGAUGGUGAUGCUCUUAAAUGUGUUUUCAUUUAAUUUAUUCACACUAGUUUUCUGUAGUUACAACUCAGCGAGGAAGACAAAACUACAAGAUCUUUUCUUACAAAUGACUGGUACUUGCAAAUAAGUUUUUUAUAAAUUCACCUUUUAAACACAUGUAACCAGUUGGAAGGGUUUAAACAUUCACAGUAAGCACCAGUCCUCCAGCCUGUCACUUAUUACAAAUAGGAAAUGUGGCGAUUUGUCAGACGAGUCCAGGUCUCACGUGACUCCAGGUCUCACGUGACGCAGUCACUGCCGGGGACACACCCAGAACCAGCCGGUGAGCUUGUCGAGCCUCCUGGGACGGUCGGGUCUCCAGGGCUCACCGGCCCGUGGUGUGCGCGUCGCAGUGGCUGCAGGGGGGCGGAGGCGUACGUGCAUGUGCGAUGCCAGUGCGUCUGUCUUCAUCUGGUCCUUCUGUUUCUUUGAUUGGCAGCAGCUGUAUUUGGGUAAAACGAUUCCUUUCCAUGUGUGUGUACAGUGGCACGUGGAAGUGGCAAGUUUCCUUUCGACGGGAGGAGGAUUGACCACUUUGUGUUGUCGGUCUUAAGUUAUAACUUAUUAAGCACUUUUAGUAGUAACUGUGUUUAAACCUGUCUGAUACCUUUCUGCGGGUAUUGUUUGUAAUGUGACUUAUUUAAAGCCUUUUUGUUCCAGUUGCUGCUCUAGAUGAACAGUGUGUUUUAGGUGAUUGACAUUUGUUCCAGUCUGUACAGCUGGCCGUUCGGAGCAAGAGGGCCUGGUUGCACAGAGCCCCCCGGAGAGCGGUCCAGGCGGAGGCGGAGGCGGAGGCGAGCGCUGGCGAGGGGAGAGGCGCUCGGUGUGUGACGACGGAGCUGUAGUGCCGUUAGAAACUGUGAAUUUCCAAAUAAAUCUGAAUACUUGUCUUUAUUAA